UGGAACUAAAUGUUGCUCAAACUGUAAAUGGAACAAGCGCAUUUUCAACUGAAUACGAUUUAUUAACCAACAAAUAUCGAGUACUUAACUUGGAUACUAAUACCUUUUGCUCUGCCGGUGCUUUUAUGGCAAAUGGCACAUUAAUUGAAACUGGUGGUGAUGUAAUUGUUGGUACUAUAGGCGCUGGAAGCCAAUCUCUACGUAUGUUCACUGGGUGUGAUGAUCAUACAUGUGAUUGGGCAGACUAUAAAAAUUAUAUGACUACUGCUAGGUGGUAUAAUACUAUGGUCAGAUUACCUGAUGGUCGCGUAAUGAAUUUUGGUGGAUGUACAAAAGCUACUAAUGCAAAUACACCAGAAAUAAAUAAUCCUACUUUUGAGUUUUUCCCAAGUCAUGGCAAUAAUACUCCAAUAACUAUACAAUUUCUUGUGGAUACAAUUCCUUACAAUCUUUACCCGGUGUGCAUAGUUCUUCCUGGACCUGUAGGCCAAAAUUGGCUUUUUAUGUCCGCUAAUAAAAAGGCACAAAUUUGGGAUUAUGUAAAUCAUACAGUAAUAAAAACAUUACCCGAUGUCCCUGGUUCUCCAC